AUAGAUAUUGAAUAUGUUCGCACAGUUGUUUGCGCUUAGGGAACAGAAAUGAUUGACAGAUAAGAUCAGUUGGCUUGAUCAUGUGAUUCGCAUCAUAUGACCAACACAUAUGAAAGUCAUUUUAUCGAAGCAAGCGGAUAGAAACGGGACAGUAACUUAUUUAAUUUUUUAUGUUAUACAGAGGUCUUAUGGCAAAAUCGUCUGUGAAUUUGGAUCAGAUUUCUUUGUUUCUAAUAUGUCUAGGAGCAUGUUUGUGCCAGUGCAAAGACAUCCGACAUUCUUUGGAUGAUGACCUCUUGUUACCCUACACCAAAUCCCACGGCCCAUCUCAUUCUCACCGCCAUGUGAGAGACUGUCAGCCCAUCGCCCAUGGCAAUGUAACCCAUGAAACCUGGGCAGCAAGCAAACACUCUAACUCUCCAGUGUUCAAGUCAAAUAUAUUCAUCUCCUCCAUCACCGAUGACUCUGACGUUAACAGAUGGGCGAUCGGCCACAUCACGGAGGUGCAUGACCCUCUGAGAUCCGUGUCCAUUCUGGAACCAGGAGGCCCUGGAGGGUGCGAGCGGAAUCAGAGAGAGCUGGUGGAGCUCACUGCCAAAACUAGAAAGUGCCUUAUCGCCCAGAACGGAGGCUAUUUUAACACUCACAACGGGCAGUGUUUAGGGAAUGUCAUAAGUGAUGGGAAACUGGUGAUGAACGGUGAAGGAAUUCAAAAUGCUCAAUUUGGCAUCAGAAAGGAUGGGACACUAGUGUUUGGUUACCUGUCUGAGGAGGAUGUACUGGAUCAGGUAAAUCCCUUCGUGCAGUUGAUCAGUGGGGUGGUGUGGCUGCUGAGAAACGGUGAGAUCUACAUCAAAGAGAGCAUUCAGGCAGAAUGUGACAAAACACAGGAGACCGGAAACUUUAAAUACUUUGUGGACGUGAUAUCUGCCCGUACGGCCGUGGGUCACGAUGCGGAGGGGAAACUCAUCCUCUUCCACGUUGAUGGUCAGACGGGUACAAGAGGAAUGAAUCUCUGGCAAGUGGCAAAGUUUCUGAAAGAUCAGAAUGUCAUUAACGCCAUCAAUCUGGAUGGAGGCGGCUCGGCCACUUAUGUCCUGAACGGAUCCCUGGCCAAUUACCCUUCAGACCAAUGUACAUCUCCGAAGUGGCGCUGCCCGCGGGCGGUAUCCACUGUGUUGUGCGUUCAUGAGAGGCUGUGCCAGCCGGAGGACUGCAGCGGACAUGGGCACUGCGUGGAGGGCCAGUGCGUGUGCCGGCAGGGCUGGGGCGGGACAGGAUGUGCCAAUCUCACAUGCCAGUCUGAAUGCGGAGAGCACGGGAUCUGCACUGAGAAUGGAUGUGUGUGUGAUGCCGGAUGGAUGGGUUUAAACUGUAGCCAAGUAUGUGCGGCAGGUUUCUAUGGUGAUGGCUGCAAUCAAACAUGCACAUGCGCAAACGGAGGCUCAUGUGAUCCUGUCCACGGACGGUGCACCUGUCCUGCUGGUUUCCAUGGAGAGUUCUGCGAGAAAGAGUGCCCUCUUGGAUUUUACGGGCUGAACUGCAAGCAGCCGUGCCAAUGCCACGAUAUGUGCCCGUGUAACGCUGUCACUGGAAGCUGCAAUACCACAUACCAGGGAGAGAGAAACUUCAGUCUGCACAGAGCUGGUCACUGUCUGGCUACCCAGAUGUGGAGGGAAUGGAGACAAGAGGAGGAAGCUCAUGCUCCCAGACCCUAUUUAUCUGAACAAAGCUGGCUGGUUGUCUGCUCUAUCCUGGCAACGUCGCUGCUGGCCAGCCUCGCCGGUAACUUUAUCCAGACGUGCAGAAAAUCCAAAGCGCGCGGACAGAGGGCGGACUACUCCUACUUGCCGUUGGGAGAGAUCAACGGGGCCGCGGAGCGAGGAAGAGUGCAUGGGACAAAGCCUGGGAAAGUUCUCUUUCAGCAAGAAGACUAUGAAUCGCAAGACUCCUCUUAGUGUUUCAGAAUGCAUGUGUGCGGGUUCACGCAAGUGUGCCAUCGGCCGAGGGCCGAGAGAAACUAGCUAGCUAGCCAGCACAAGCCCUCAUUAGGAAAGGGUUUGUUUGUUCAUGCUGUGAAUCGAUGAUUUGGAAGGGCCUCUUCGUCCUCGGAUUUGAGCUGUCCAAAUUGGCAAUGAUGGAAAAGAGAUGGGCGUUAGCGUCCGAACAGCUGUCUGCGCGCCUCGGUGCGUUCAUAUUCGCCCCCGCUGAGUCUGUAGGUGCCAGCCAACUCUGCUCACACAUGCCAAGUGCCCUGAUUGUGCAGUUUGACUGCCUUUAGCACAUCUCCUUGUUUGUUUGGGUUUUUACUACAGUUUCAUGUUAGCUGCUAGCAGUGUAAGAACCAGUUUCUCAUGUUGCAUCAUUUAUCAUCGAGUCCAUGUGUAAAAUACUAUUUCAUUGAAAUCAAUAAAGCCUUUCAUUUUGGUCUUCAGGCUAGAAGAGAACCAGGAAAAAGAGCAAUAUCACCACAAAGCCUUUUUAUUGACAGAAUGGCCCAGUUGUUCCACCUGUUGCCAUAGGAACAGACUAGUUUUGAACUAUGAACUCUUUUUGCGGAAUCCUUCCUGCUGGAACUUGCCAAACUGCUAUUUUGAAACAUAGUUUUAUUGAAUGAUUUUUUUUUUUUUUUUUUCUGCGGCACCAGAGGUCAUUCAGUUUAUUGUGAUUCCACCGUCAGCCCUUUUGUUUCUGUGGACGCCUUGCCAGCCUUAUCAUGGUGCUGUUUUGUUUGUUGUCACUUAAAACCAGCCUUAGAAACGCAUUAUGAAAAAAAAAAAAAAAUCAAGGCCUGGAUUGUUUUCACGCUCUCUAGAAAAGCAAGAGAAGGACGUUUCUUCUGUGCUUAGCACAUAGUUGCUCUUUUUCUCUGUUCUGAAACUGAAUCCAGGCUUUGGAUUCGACGUGUUUUGUCAGGUUCUGUUUUAGCUCUGAAACAUGACACAAAUAUUAUGGAAGAGGAACAUUAACCCAAGUUAGUAGUUCCUGUGCUGUUUCCUGUUUGCAUUAAAAUACAUUUAAGCUUG